UUGUCUCCUGGACUGUUAACUCACUAAGAAAGUUAUGUGCACCCCUGAGUAUAAUAUAGUUUCUGUCAGAAACUAUUUUCUCCAGUUCCUCAUAUGUUUUCACUCUGUCCAAGCAGCGUCUCGCCUAAUUGAGAACAUGGAUGCUAACGUGAACCCUUGUGACAACUUCUAUGAGUAUGCCUGUGGAGGCUGGCUGAAAAAGAACAUCAUCCCUGAGACCAGCUCUAGAUACAGUACCUUUGACAUCCUACGAGUCGAACUGGAGGUCAUUCUUAAAGGCGUCCUUGAAAAAACUGUGGAGGGGGAAGCCGCUGCUCUCACCAAAGCUAAGACCCUUUACAAGUCCUGUACCAAUGAGAGUUUAAUUGAGCUGAGAGGAGGGGCUCCUUUGCUCGACAUGCUGUCUGAUAUGUUUGAUUGGCCCAUGGCUGUGGAUAACUGGGAGACCAACUAUGGUAAAACGUGGAGGUUGGAGAAUGUAAUCGCCAAGCUGAAUGAGAAAUAUGGAACACAACUCUUGGUUAACUUUUUUGUUGGCACCGAUGACAGGGAUUCAAACUCUCACAUCAUUCAUUUUGACCAGCAGACAAACCUUGGACUGUUGUCCAGAGAUUACUAUGCUUGCACUGGACCGUACGCAGAGGCAUGUCGGGCCUACGAGCAGUUCAUGUUUGACCUGGCUAAGCUAAUUCGCACUGACCGGAAACUGGUCAUCAAUGAGACCAGCAUCAGGCAGCAGGUGGCACGAGUCAUGGACCUGGAGAAGGACAUCGCCAAUGCUACUGAUACUCCAGAGGACCGUAACAACCCUGUGUUGCUUUACAACAAGAUGGAACUGGGUGAUAUGAGCACCAACUUUACCCUUGAGGUUGAAUCCCAGGUAUUUGACUGGAGUUACUUCACAGCGAAGAUAAUGGAUACAGUCAAUAUCAGUGUUCCUGACACAGAGAAGGUCAUCAACUACUCCCCCAACUAUUACAGAAGACUCAGCGUUAUCUUGGCCAAAUACAACAAGAGGGAUCUGCAGAACUACAUGGUGUCGCGUUUUGCUAUGAACAUGGUGGUGGGCCUGAGCAGAUCUUACAGGGACACCAGGAAAGCCUUCCGCAAGGCUCUGUCUGGUACAACGUCAGAGGCAGCAGUGUGGCGACAGUGUGCACUUUACGUCAACAGCAACAUGGACAAUGCUGUGGGAAGACUGUAUGUGCAGGAGGCCUUCUCUGAAAAGAGCAAAGAACUGAUGGAGGAGAUGAUUAAAGACAUUCGGGAAGUGUUCAUUAGUAACCUCUAUGACCUGACAUGGAUGGAUGCGGAGACCAAGAAAGCAGCUGAGGAAAAGAGCAGUAAUGUCCUUGCAACCCCCUCAAUCAUCCCCACAGAGGGAGAGUUGGAGGCAGUCCAAGCCCAGUCUCUUGAGUCCUGGCUGGGUGACUUCCAACCCGCUCCCCAGGCUUCACUCCAGGCCUUUCGAGGCACGAUCCGGAAACAGUCCAAGUUCUUGGCCAAGAAGCCAAAGAUCGAGGUCGAGAAAAGUGUGUACGGUCUCAGGCUCGACCGUGACCGCACGUAA